AGGUUGGUACCGUGCAGACGCGUUUAAAAACGCCCAAGCAGGAGUCCGCAAUUACCGCGUUUUGUUUUAGCAUCACCCUGCAGCGGAACAUUGUGACGUCGUCAUGAGCAGCGCACGGGUCUUCUGUGGAGUCCCUUGAUUGACAGCUCGCAGCAAAAUAUUCCCUUCUUUUCCUACAACGGCGUUGUAGACAAGAUGCACAUGUGAUUUGUGUUUUUGUUUUGGUUGUUAGAAAGCAUCCGUUUCCGACUACAGCUAUGCAGUUUCUAACUUCAAUGCUUUUUAUGAUUAGUUAAAGUUGCAUUGAACUUGCAUCUGCAUUGCGUUCCGCUGUUGUGCUGGGCUGUGGAGCUGGAGGAAGCAUGGGACUGCCUGCGUUAGAGUUCAGCGACUGCUAUGUGGACAGCCCUCAGUUCCGAGAGAGGCUGAAGUCUCAUGAGCUGGAAUUAGAGAAGACCAAUAAAUUCAUCAAGGAGCUGAUUAAGGACGGGAACGCUUUAAUUCAAGCCCUGAAAUAUUUGUCCACUGCGAAGAGAAAGUUUGCAGAGUCGCUGAACGAGUUUAAAUUCCAGUGCAUUGGCGAUGCAGAAACAGAUGAUGAGAUAUGCAUUGCCAAAUCACUUCAGGAGUUUGCUGGAGUCUUACAGAACCUGGAAGAUGAGAGGACACGAAUGAUUGAAAAUGCCAAUGAUGUAUUGAUCUCGCCACUGGAGCGUUUCAGGAAGGAGCAGAUUGGAGCUGCAAAGUGCACUGGUGCACCAGGUUCCUUCGUGUCCACAUGGGUGAAGUACUACUGCAUCUAUCACCGAGAGCCCAAACGCAUGACCAUGAUGCUGUUUGAUCAGAAGUCUGUGGCCAAAAAUGGAGAUGAGGAAAGCUUUACGCUGAAAUCUUGCACCAGAAGGAAAACAGACUCCAUCGAGAAGAGGUUCUGUUUUGACAUUGAAGCCGUGGACCGGCCUGGCGUGAUCACCAUGCAGGCGCUGUCAGAGGAAGACCGCAGACUCUGGAUGGAAGCCAUGGACGGAAGAGAACCGGUAUACACCCUGAAUCGUGACAGCCAGAAUGAAGCUAUGGCUCAAUUAGAUGUCAUCGGCUUCAAUGUUGUAAAAAAAUUCAUCUAUGCCAUAGAAACCAGAGGCAUUGAUGAACAGGGGCUAUACAGGAUCGUCGGUGUCAACUCUAGAGUGCAGAAACUACUCAGCCUGGCCAUGGACCCCAAAACCUGUGCAGAUGUGGAGCUGGACAGCACAGAAUGGGAGAUCAAGACCAUCACCAGUGCAAUAAAGCAUUACCUCAGGAUGCUGCCGGCCCCUCUCAUGACAUACCAGUACCAGAGGAGCUUCAUCAAAGCAGCCAAGCUGGACAAUCCCGAGGCGAGAGUGGCAGAGAUCCACUCCAUAGUGCACCGUCUCCCGGAGAAGAACCGCCAGAUGCUGGAGCUUCUUAUGAAACACUUGGCCAAAGUGGCCAGUCACCACCAGCAAAAUUUGAUGACGGUUGCUAACCUCGGCGUAGUGUUCGGCCCUACGCUGCUGAGGCCACAGGAAGAGACCGUUGCUGCAAUCAUGGACAUCAAGUUCCAGAACAUUGUGGUAGAAAUCCUGAUCGAGAACCACGAACGGAUUUUCAAAGACAUGCCAGUGUCUGGAGGAGGGCAGGGCAACUCCCAGCUCAACCUGCCCAGGCGGAGAAGUACAGACAGCAAGGCCCCGUCAUGCAGUGAAAGACCUCUCACGCUUUUCCACAACCCCUCAUUUUCAGAGAAAGUCAAAGUGGAGAAGAGGAACAGUGUGGUUGUAAACUCCAGUGCAGACUUGCCAUCAGUAAAUUGCAACAGCACACUCAACUGGACUCGACUCAACAGCCUGCCUUCCGGAGACGAAGACCAAGAUGGGCUUCAGCUGUCCAAGCAGAGUUGGCCUAAUUCACUUCAAAAUCCAAAAGUUCGCAGCAGCAUGUCGACAAGUGCGUGCUUGCGUGUGUGUGUUUGUCGCAGCCCGGCUUCACCCAGUCCCACCUCACCGCGCUCCCCCUCGUGGCCGAUGUUCUCUGCCCCCUCCAGCCCCCGGCUGGCCUCCAGCACCUCCAGCGAAUCCUCCCCCGUCAGUCCUCCGCUACGAAAGGCACGUGCGCUAUAUGCCUGCAAGGCUGAACAUGACUCUGAGCUGUCCUUUAUCGCAGGCACCAUAUUCGAGAAUGUUCAUCCGUCAAGAGAACCAGGCUGGCUGGAGGGCACCUUGGACGGGAAGACAGGGUUAAUUCCGGAGAACUACGUGGCGUUUGUGUAGCUGGGAGUCAAUGAAAGCUGGAGCCCGCUUUUGAAAACAACUGAACUUCAGUCACAAUAGCCAAGUUUGUAUGCCUGAGCGUGUCUGUGUGAUAGUAUGGAUUCUUUUGGCAACUGUGGAGUUCCCCUAGCAUGUAAUUGUUCCACGCAUCCCACAAUGCAUUGCCGCUGUUUAACACAUAGUUCAACACAAGGUAAAAGGGAAA